UAGACUAACACUUUUUGCUGUUCCACAGUUUUAGCUAAUCUUUCAUUUUUCCGGAUAUCGUUUCCGUUUAUUUAUUCACAGUUUAAUCUCAAUGCACAUCGGAAUAAACUCGACUCUUCCCGCUCCAAACUUGCACGUCUUUCAACCCAGACGUGCAAGCUUCAUGUGCAACAACUCAACUCUAAACCCAGUUGUUUUUUCAUCAGCAGCACCAUCGUCGACUCGGCAGCACCUAUCCAACCUUGAGAAACUCCUCCAGAAAACAAACCAAACCGACCCAGAAGGAGUUGUGAAAGGAUGCAGUAAAGGGUCGGCGGAGACUAAAGGUAAGGUUUUACUGGAAGGGCUUAAUCUUUCGAGGAUUUGGCCUGAAAUGAGUGCCGCUGACGACAUGUCUCCGCGUAAUUUAAUUAGGCUUCAGCGGCUUUUAUCCAAAACCAUGGAAUAUUCUCCAAGGAACAAUCUCGGCUCUCGUUGGAGAGAGUAUCACGGUUGCUAUGAUUGGUCUGGUUUGCUCGACCCGCUCGAUGAGAAUCUAAGGCGAGAAGUGGUCCGAUAUGGGGAAUUUGUUCAGGCUGCUUACCAUUGUUUCCAUUCUAAUCCCGCCAUGUCAGCCGACGAGGCUCCCUUACCGAGACAUGUGUCGUUGCCUGAACGGUCUUACAAGGUGACCAAGAGCCUUUAUGCAACCUCAUCGGUCGGUUUGCCGCAAUGGGUGGACGACGUGGCUCCCAACCUUGGGUGGAUGACUCAACGGUCUAGUUGGAUGGGGUUCGUAGCGGUUUGUGAUGAUAAGAGGGAGAUUCAACGCAUGGGAAGGAGGGAUAUUGUCAUUGCCUUACGAGGAACCGCUACGUGCUUGGAAUGGACCGAGAAUUUUAGGGCUCAACUGGUAGAGAUCUCUGAAUCCGAUAACCCGACCCAAAAGGUUGGACGUGGAUUCUUGAGCUUGCACAAAACACCCGGAGCUCACGUCCCUAGCUUGGCUGAAUCAGUGGUUGAUGAAGUGCAAAGGUUAACUGAAAUGUUCAAAGGAGAAAACCUUAGCAUUACAAUCACUGGGCAUAGCCUUGGUGCGGCACUGUCUCUUUUAGUUGCCGAUGAAAUAAGUUCAUGUGCGCCUCAAGUGCCCCCGAUCGCUGUGUUUUCCUUUGGAGGACCUCGAGUAGGUAAUAAAGGUUUUGCAGAUCGACUUAAUGAGAAAAACAUUAAGGUGUUACGAAUAGUAAACAAUCAAGAUUUAAUCACAAAAGUUCCAGGUGUAUUCAUUGACGAAGGAUUCAAACAAGAUCCAGAUAAACCUAAAGAAGAACAAAGAAAUGAAAGUUUUGCUAGAGUGUUCAACAUGCUUGAAAACAACAAUCCAUGGGCAUACUCCCAUGUCGGUACAGAACUAAAGGUUGACACUAAAAUGUCGCCUUAUCUAAAACCAAAUGCUGACGUGGCAUGUUGUCAUGAUUUGGAAGCUUACCUACACCUGGUGGAUGGAUUCCUAUCAAUGGAAUGCCCCUUUAGAUCAAAUGCGAAGAGAAGUUUAGCUAAAUUGAUUGACAACCAAAAAUCAAAUGUGAAACAAUUGUACACUCACGAAGCCUUGAGCUUGAACCUUGAAAGAAGGGAUAGCUUUAGCAUCUCUAUGAUUAGUUGUUUGCCUAGUCCCUCUCGAUGAGCUAAGCAUUGCAUAUAUGAUAGCAAAAUUGUAAUGUAAAAAAGAAAUUGCAAAUAAAUGAAAAAUGGUGCUCAAAUUGCCUUGUCUA